UUGAACCGCCUCGCUUCUUUGUGGUUUCGUCAGUCCUCACUCCAUUUCCUUGUUCAUCAGAAGUGCAAUCGAUGAGGAUGGAAAUUAUUUUCUCAUCAGCUUCCCUCUGAACAACACACACACACACACACACACACUGAACCGAGGCUGCUCAGAAAGAGAAUUUUACUGAACUGAAUUAAAUUUGACAGGAUUGUUUUUGGCUGGCGGACGUUUCUCUGAGGACACGGGACGAGUCCUGAUACGCGUAGCUGUGUGAUGGCGAGUGUUAAUUUUGCUAUGGACACGAUCGAGGAUCACCCACGUGGACAUCGGGAUGAUGACGGUCCGCUGAUUAAACAUUACAGAGUCACUGAGCUCAUUCCUGCAAAAAAGCUUCCUCUGCACCGGCUUCUGAAGAGAGAACCAGCUGUGUGGGCCGCGGUUCAGAUCAGCAGUGGGAUUUUGAGCAUCGCACUUGGAAUCAUGUUUGCUGUGUACUUCCAGAUUCAAGACAUAUUACUCACCUUGUUCAGAGUCCCAGUCAUGAGCGGCAUCCUGUUCCUGGUUGCUGGCGUUUUCUCCAUGCUGCUCUACAGACACCCUGCACUCUUACAGACGUGUUUUCACGCCAACAUCUUCUGCCUGACUGUGGCUACAAUCGGAGCAGUGCUGCUGUGUGUGGAUUUAGCAAAACAUAACAUCAGCAAGAUUCAGCAUGAGGUGGAGAUCCUGGUGCUGUGUGUGACGUGCUUGGACAUACUGGUCUCCUUCAUCCUCGUAUAUUUGAUUCACGCAGAGAGACGCCGGGAUGAGAAGAAAUGACUCCGCUCUCGGCUUUUACCCAGAGUGAAACUUAAUCUGCUGCAAGUAAUUGAUCAAAGUCGAGUUAUUUUAAAUGCCGGUUUUGUUUUUCAUCAAAAUAUUUUUCUGAGAACAGGCUGUAGACCAACUUGCAGAAGAAAAACAAAACAUCUCAGGACUUUCGACGCUGAUGCAGCGAUGAUGGACUUCAUAAUAAAACAGCUGAACAGCUUCAAAGUGUUAUUUGCAAGUGAGUCGAAUCUGAGUCGACAUUUUUAGCUGAAUUUUAACCUGAGAGCUGAUUUGAAUACAUUUUUUUUUUCCUCUCUCUUUUACUUGUUACUCCUGCAGAUGUUUGUUGAAGCAUUUGUUCGCGCUUUAGCUUGGUCAGGGUCACUGUGAAAUUAAAUCUUUUUGCGAAUUAAAUAAAACAAAACUUGUAAAAUAUUUUCAUCUGUUCAAAUGGCAUGAGUGUCUCUGAGGCUGGGACAUGUCAACGUUUAUUUAAAAGAAAAAAAAGUAAACGUUUUUGAGUUUAGGACAAAAUGAUUCGUUUGGCAGCUGAAAGAGUCGACGCUUACUGGUGAGCUGAGUCAAAUAAUUAAAUGACUCACUGAAACAAACUGGAAUUCUUAUCAUGAAUAUUACUGCAGAUGUACGAUGUGUAAAUAUGGAGUGAAACACUGCGUGUGUCGUGCUGUUACAGUAAAAUAAUCAGUGACGCAGUGAUGUAAUGAAACAGCGUUCCUGUUACUAUCGUGAAGUUGAUUAUUUUCCUAUAACAGCAUGUGCCUGAGUGUUUUACUCCUUCACGGCAACUUGUCAACGAUGAGAAAGUUUCAUUUAUGAAAAAGAACGACAGCUUUUUAUCCAUUUAUAGUUAUGUUUAAUUCUGUGGAACGCCCAUCGAAACAAGUUCCUGUCCUCACUGACGUUACAGCAGAUAUAAAUAAUCAUCUAUAACCUGAAUACAGAGCCUGGAAUGUGUGAAAUGGUUUUCACAGCCCUUAAAUGUGCAAUCAUGCUGAGGCUUCUGCUUUUUUAGUUCUUGCUGAAAGACUAAAUGGAACUCUGGUGUUUCUCAUGGAAGCCUGAGUGAAGCAGUUCCUAAAGUAGAAGAAUUAGAACAAGUUCUAUUAUUACUUUGAUCAAAGCAGAAGUGAAUCUUAACUUUUUUAAGGUUUUUAGAAAUGUAUGAAUAUCAGCGAAACAGUGUGAUCUGAAAACAACCCAGCGUCAGUUUUACAGUUUACAAUGUUGGGUUAUUAUUAUUAUUAAUAAUAAAAAAACACAUUAAACACUGUAUAAGACUGAAGCGGCUAAUUAAACAGGAGAAUUGCUAGAACGUUCUUUAAAAUGGACAAAAAAUUGAUCAGAACCACAUACGGCCUUCUGUCAUAUUCUGACCUCUUUAUAAAAUAGAAUAUUGAAUAUAUUUACUGGUAAUUGAAUAUUAAUUCUAGAAAAGAAUAUUAAUUAAAAUAUUCAUGAUAAAAUGACAUAUUAUUUUAAUAUAUUCACUUAUGACUUAAUUAAUGUAAGAUAUAUAAAUUGUCUGAUACUUGUUCAUCCAGCCUGUGUAUUUUUUUAGCAUAUUAAUCACUCAUAGACUUUAGUAAAAAAUAAACUUUCUAAACUUC